AUGGGGGACAAAGGAGCUGCAGAACAGUCGCUGGGAAUGGGACUUCUGGCCUCUCAGCCGCAAGUGGAGAAAGGCGAACUCCAGGCGUUACAGAUACCAGGCGUUGGCAGUGUCGCCGUUUUGAAAGGUGGAAAAGAAUUCGUUGGCGCACACGGCAGCGUGAAGGAGGGGGUGUGGCACGACAACGAGGGCAUUGCGCACAGUGUGGCCAUCAAAACAGUGAAGGUGGCUGGCAGCGAGAAGUGCCUCAAGACCAUCAACAAGGAAAUAGAGAUCUUGGCCAAGCUUCCCAGUCAUCCAAACGUCGUCCGGGUGGUAGGCGUGCGUCCGGGCGAGGAGCCAGUCAUCGUGGAAGAGUGGAUGCCCAUGACUCUGAAGGACCUGCUCAACGAAACGGGGCCAGUGCUGAACUCCGGGGAUGUGGUGAGGAUCACCCUGGACGUGGCGAAGGGCGUGUGCCAUCUUCACAAGCACCGGGUGACUCACCAUGACAUCAAACCUGCCAACAUACUCCUGGACGAGACGUGCAACGCCAAGCUGGCAGACUUCACAUGCUCGGUGUUCCAGGUGUCCUCUUUGAUCGAUGCCACACGGCACGGCACAUUGGGUUACAUGGCGCCAGAGUGCAUGCAAUGUGGGGUUUCAAGAUCAAGGCCACGCGUCCGGGCAGAGAAAAUAGACGUGUACAGCCUGGGCAAGGUGAUGUUGAGUUGCGUUGUAGGCAAUUUGGAUAACGGGAAGACGAUUACUGCAACGAGUUUGUGUCCUACCCGUCUGUGGAGCUUGAUUUGCGAUUGCACCAAAAUGGAUCCAGAGGGCCGCCCGAGCUGCCAGCAGGUCGUGGAGCGGCUUGAAAGCAUGGUGAAAGACGGAUUGGAAGGUGAAGUGGGUUAG